CAGGUCAAACUUCAAGAAUACGGCGGACACCAGCAAAGCACUGCGGAAGAUGGUUGAAGACGGCCUGGUGCAGCGGUCAGGGCAAGGCGGCAAGGGCAGCCCAUUCCUGUACAGGGUGACGGCAGCGUCGCUGGUGUCAGAAGACCACUAUGCGUGCAAGCCCGUGGAGCGCCGCUACAACAAGAAGCCAACCCCGGCCGCCCGGCAAGCGACGCCGCAGCUGCCGGCAGCUGCCGCGCCGUACAGCGGCGCGCCCUCCUCCUCCAUCAGCCCCCCGGCGCGCGGCCCCGAGCAGGCCGCAGCAGCAGCGGCAGCACACAUCGCAGAGCCGGAAUCCGGACCUGAUGUGGCGCCAAUGGAUCUGCCGGUCGUCCGGCGCAAGCCGCGCACGGCACGCCUGCGCACGCCUCGCCAGAUCACACCGCCGGAGGACGGCAGCUGGUUUGUUUGACAUCGCAGGGCUGCAGCUUCUGCCUGGCUGCCUCGCAGAGCCAUGCGUGCCAGCAACAAAGACUGACGCGCAUUUGCGACUUCUGCCUGGCUCCCAGCAGCUCCCAGCAAGAAGCAGCUGCCGCUUUUGGCUGGGACCUAACAGAGGUUUGUUUGAGGGGUCUGGCAGCACAAGACUGAAAGCUGCCAAAAUGAAGCUUCAGUGUCCGAUAAUCACUUGGUGGACCAAUGCGAUUAAAUUCUAGGGCAGAAAAUUUCAGUAGAUCUGCUAAUCUGCAGGUACUUUUCAUAAAGUGAUGGCAAGAGG